AUGUCGCUGCCCAAGAAGAGAAAGAUUGAGUCGGGGGGCGGCGGCGUUGGCGGAGGUGGAGGAGGAGGAGGAGGGGAGGGAGCCGAGCCGGAAGAUGGCGGAGAGCGGGAGGUGGCCCGGCCGCGACGCCCGUGGUGCCGCCGGCAGGAGCGGGACCAGCAGUACUACGAGUGCUACUCGGACAUCUCGGUGCACGAGGAGAUGCUGGCCGACCGCAUCCGCACCGAAGCCUACCGCCUGGGCAUCCUGCGCAACGGCGCGGCGCUGCGGGGCAAGACGGUGCUGGACGUGGGCGCGGGCACGGGCAUCCUCAGCAUCUUCUGCGUGCAGGCCGGGGCGCGGCGCGUGUACGCGGUGGAGGCCAGCGCCAUCUGGCAGCAGGCCCGGGAGGUGGUGCGGCUCAACGGGCUGGAGGACCGGGUGCACGUCCUGCCGGGGCAGGUGGAGACGGUGGAGCUGCCGGAGCAGGUGGACGUGAUCGUGAGCGAGUGGAUGGGCUACGGGCUCCUGCACGAGUCCAUGCUGAGCUCGGUGCUGCACGCGCGGGCCAAGUGGCUGAAGGAGGGCGGGCUGCUGCUGCCGGCCUCGGCCGAGCUCUUCCUGGCGCCCGUCAGCGACCCGACGCUGGAGCAGCGCCUGGGCUUCUGGGCCCACGUGAAGCAGCUCUACGACGUGGACAUGAGCUGCCUGGAGGCCUUCGCCACGCGCUGCCUCAUGGGCCCGUCGGAGAUCGUGCUGCAGGACCUGUGCGGCGAGGACGUGCUGGCCCGGCCGCAGCGCGUGGCGCACCUGGACCUGGCCCGCGCGGGGCUGGAGCAGGAGCUGCAGGCCGGGGUGGCGGGGCGCUUCCGCUUCAGCUGCUAUGGCUCGGCGGCCAUGCACGGCUUCGCCUUCUGGUUCCAGGUGACCUUCCCGGGAGGGGACUCGGGGAAGCCCCUGGUGCUGUCCACCUCGCCCUUCCACCCGGUCACGCACUGGAAGCAAGCCCUCCUCUACCUGAACGAGCCGGUGCAAGUGGAACAGGACACGGCCAUCUCCGGGGAGAUCACGCUGCUGCCCUGCAGCCACAACCACCGGCUCCUGCGCGUGCAGCUGCGCUACAAAGUGGGCGACGAGGAGGAGAAGGCCAAAGACUUCUCCAUGGAGGAUGGGCAGUGGCUUCUCUCCCAGCAGCUGCCUCCCGAGGAGGAGGCCAGGCUUUCCCGGUAG